AUGACUAGAACCUCAGUCUUAGCUGAUGCUUUAAACGCCAUCAACAACGCCGAAAAGACCGGUAAGAGACAAGUUCUCAUUAGACCAUCAUCCAAGGUUAUCAUCAGAUUUUUGACCGUUAUGCAAAGACACGGAUACAUUGGAGAAUUUGAAUACAUUGAUGACCACAGAUCAGGUAAAAUUGUUGUUCAAUUAAACGGUAGAUUAAAUAAAUGUGGUGUCAUUUCACCAAGAUUUAACGUCAAGAUUGGUGAUAUUGAAAGAUGGACUGACAACUUGUUACCAGCUAGACAAUUCGGUUACGUUAUCUUGACUACUUCUGCUGGUAUCAUGGACCACGAAGAAGCUAGAAGAAAGCACGUUUCUGACCGUUCACAAGUUUUUGGUGUUGCCAGAAUUUUCGCUUCAUUCAACGAUACCUUCGUCCAUGUUACUGAUUUAUCCGGUAAGGAAACCAUCUCCAGAGUUACUGGUGGUAUGAAAGUCAAGGCCGACAGAGAUGAAUCAUCUCCAUACGCUGCUAUGUUGGCUGCUCAAGAUGUUGCUGCCAAAUGUAAAGAAGUUGGUAUUACAGCCGUUCACAUUAAAUUGAGAGCUACUGGUGGUACCAAGACCAAGACCCCAGGUCCAGGUGGUCAAUCCGCUUUAAGAGCUUUGGCUAGAUCUGGUUUGAGAAUUGGAAGAAUUGAAGAUGUUACUCCAGUUCCAUCAGAUUCUACUAGAAGAAAGGGUGGUAGAAGAGGUAGAAGAUUAUAA